GCAAGGUUGUCAUGGUGUUUUCUUUGUUGGUAUUUCCAGGUCAGAUAUCAUUUGUUCAACAAAUGGGGCAAUAUCAGAAGAACAAGUUUAAUACAAGGUCCUCUGCAGAUACUCUUGAUGAGAAAGAAUGUGGCAUGGCUACCAACGAUGAUCCCACUGACUCGGAAAGUUUUUCUCAACAUGGCAGCUCAAAGCUCAACUCAAAGACAGCUACUGAUCAAGUGAAAAACCAAGACUCACAAGAAAUAGAUCCUGCAGUCGAUCAAAACACAGAUGAGGAUGUAACUAUUGAAGAUUUUGAGGAUGAAUGGUAGCAUGCUCAAGYUUGUUGGAGGUCAAAAGUAAUUAUGUUUGUGUUGGUAGAGCAAGGAACUUACAUUCCUGCUUUUUGCUUAAGGAUGUUACAGUUGUUACUUAUGUGUAUAUAGACUUACAGGAAUAUUAUUUAAUGCAUAAUUAUAUAUAUUGUAAUUAUUGACAACUGUAACAACUACUUCAAUAAAAAGACUAUAUUUCUUGUA